GUCCCUGCAAUGAUCCCAUUGCCAGCAUAUAUGAGUAAUAGGAGUGUAGAGGUGACUACAGGGGUGUUAUUUUGUGCUUACAGGACUCUUAUAGUGGUAAAAACUGUAUUUAGAAGGCCAUAAACAGGUUUUCUGUCCUCUAACUACGAAAAUAUUACAUGUAUUAAUAUUGACUCCUACUCCGUGGAAAUUCACUUAUCGCGGUCGGGUCCAGAACCAGUUAACCUUGAUAUAAACGAGGGACGCCUGUAUAUGCAUACAUUCUUGCUUCUAUUCAUUUUGCAUCAUAAAUGUAAAUCCCAAAGUCCUCUGGGAUAAGCUCCAGCUCACCUGUAACUCUGAACAGGGUAAGUUGUUGGAAAUGAAGGAAUGACUCAAUAAAUAUACUGUACAUAAACUAUUAAUAUAUUUACCAAAACAAAAUGGAUGAAAACCCAUUUGUCACAAAACUGUGUCUGUUUGCUGAUCAAUAAAAUAGCUUACAACAUUUUUCUCUAAUAAACGGUGAUCUAAUAAAAAUGACCAGUGACGCAUUUUAGGUUUAGACCUCAAGGUUUGGAAUCCCUGCCCUAGUGUAUCAAUUCAAAAAAUUUCUGCAACAGUCAUCGAUGUAAUAAAGAAUUUAAAAAUACCAAUUUGACUGUUCUGUACUUUGAUGCUAGUGAAAUACCCACACUAAGGUUCCAAGAAUGGCAGGUCCUUUUACAAGUAUCUCUCACUAGGAGGAUAGUGGGUCAUAUUGUUUUGUUUAUUUUUGACUGAUAAUUGUUUGAUUUGCUGUGUGAUUACUUUUUAUAGAAACGGGUAGACGCAGAGUUUGUGGCUUACAGCAUCUGGAUUUUUAAAAUUGAUUUUCUUAACAAAAAUUCAUCAAAAUACAAAAUAAUACAUUAAGUCAAAAACAUGGCUUGACAUAAUUCUCAAUAAAUGUAUGUACAUAAUAAACACAUGUCAAAAGAAAAUUUAUUAAAGUGAUCGCUUCUCCAGUGAGCUCCCCAUGUGUGCGUGGGUUUUUUCCAGGUACUCCGGUUUCCUCCCACAUUCCAAAAACAUGCAUGUUAGGUUAAUUGGUGACUCCAAAUUGUCCAUAGGUAUGAAUGUGAGUGUGAAUGGUUGUUUGUCUAUAUGUGCCCUGCCAUUGGCUGGCGACCAGGCCAGGGUGUACCCCGCCUCUCGCCCAAAGUCAGCUGGGAUAGGCCCCAGCAUACCCCCAUAUCCCUAGUGAGGAUAAGCGGCAUAGAAAAUAGAUGGAUGGCUUCUCCAGUGAGUCAGUGAAUGCUGCACUGGCUGGCGAGGCAUGCUGGGGAUGGUGUGAGGGAGGAGGAAAUGUCGGCUGUCAUGCUAACAUUGUGUAAAAUGGCAGCGUUUGGCAUGCAUCUUGUUAAGCAUAUUUUUUUGAUCGUUGGUAUUUACAAAUGGGACCGCACGAUGGCGUAGUGGUUAGCAUGUUGGCCACGCAGUCAGGAUAUCUGGAAGAUCUGGGUUCGAAUCUCCGUUGGGCAUCUGAGUGUAAUGUUUGCAUGUUCUCCUCAUGCGUUUUUCCAAAAACAUGCAUUUUUUUGUGCAGUUCUGGUCCCCACUUACUGGUUCUCCUUUUUUUUAUUAAUACUGCUUGAUUAUACGGUCAAUUUGUUUCUCGGUGUCCUCACAUUCAUGAUCAGAUCAGUAUCGUCCAUGUGUUCAGUUCUGUUCUAUCCUGUUGUGAACAUAGUUCAUCUCUGACAGCGAUGACAAAGUUUGUUUUUUAAAUGUCAUUAUGGCUUAAAUACUACAGCAGUACAACUAACAUUAUCUGUUUUAAUAUAAGUUCAUAUAAGAUAAAACUAGGUAUUCCUGCACAUUCAUGCCACAUACUGUGAGCUUCUUGAAACAUUUGCUAUGUGAAUCUAAAGCUUUCAUCCAUUUGUGAUGCAAAUGGAGCAUUUGGGUGUAAUUCCAAAUGAAGUUUAACAAAGGCAGCAGAAGAUACUUUAAAUUUGUUGAAAUACUAAUAUUUUGGUUACAAACGAUAUGUAGUCAUUUUUGUACCGCCUGACACCCAGUUUUCCGACGUCCCAGUUCACGUGAAAGCAUCAAAGUGACGACAUGCCUCUAUUAGCCGUGGUGGCUGAUGGGAGUUUUAUUGUCAUGUAGCAUAUUUGAAAACGUUAGCACGAAGAAACUUAGCUCGUUGUUUAUCUAUAUCUUAGGCCAUGGAUACUUGCUGCGUUAGUAGUUGCAGUGACCGUGUCCGCCACCAACAAGGGCGACUCGAGAUAAUAUACUACUACAGCUUUCCUGUUUGGAAUCAGAAUGAAGGGACGGAUGUCUCCGAGGUAACCAAGAAAAGACGGAUGGCCUGGUUAGAAGCCGUACAACAGACAGACAUAACAUACGCCACAAAUAUAAAUUUGAAAGUGUGUUCCAGACAUUUUCAUUCCGAUUCGUCAUUUCCCCAUACCGUGUCAUCUAAAUCAGGGGUGUAAAAGGAAAAUAAAACAGUCUGCCUCUGAGGCAAACCAGCACAUUCAAUGGACAUAUUGAAUCCUGACUGGGUUCCAAGCCGUCACCUACAACAUGAAGACACACCCGCCAUAGAGUCACCGCAUCAAUUCUAUCGCAGAUUUGUAAAACAGCAAAAGAAAAGGUCGGCAUCAGGACAACGGACAGAAUCCCAAACACUGGGAGAUGUCACAUCAGUGGACAAGAAACUUGUUAACAAGACACAAGCAGCACAAAAAAAGGAAGCGGAAGACCGAACAGAGGCUUUAGUGGUUGACAGCGUACAAGUGGUAAAUCCCAUAGAAGUGUCUGGAGGUGUGGAAAAGGACGAGGAAGUGGUUAAGGAUGUGGAACCAGCACAAGAAUCGACAUCCCAGAGACAAGAAAGUUUGUAUCAAUUUCUGAAGCUCAGCAGCUGUGAAGAACUUGGAUUUUUGUUGCCAAUGAAGGAGCUUUGUUGUGAGCUACACAAAAAUAACAUGGAUGAAAGCUUCUUCAAAGACAAUGCACAUACCAUCGAAUAUUACACAGGAAUGCCAAGCCUUGCUAUUUUUAUGUUGGUAUUAGAUGAUGUUAAGCCUUCCUUGCCAGUGUCCAAACUGUCCCCCUUUCAGAUGGUGUUAUUGACACUUGCUCGUCUAAGGCUUGGCAUUUCAGUUGAGCACCUAGCACAGCUCCUCGAGGUUUCAUCUGAAACUAUUUACACUGCAUUUACCAACACUGUAGAUGUGUUAUAUUCACACCUUAACUCCUUGGUGCUGUGGCCUAAACGGCAUCGUUUACAAGCGAUGAUGCCACGUUGGUUUUUGGAAACAUUCGGGAAACGUGUAGCCAUUAUUGUUGACUGCUUCCAAAUGCAUAUAGAGAGGCAAUCAAGGGCCACUCAAACACAUAGACAGUCAUGGUCUUCCAACAAAAGUACACACUCAGUGAAAUACCUCCUUGGUAUCACGACACAAGGCGCAAUAGUGUUUAUUUCUAAGGAAUGGGGGAGUUGUGCAUCAGACAUACAGGUCACAGAGAAUUGCGGCCUCCUUGAUGAACUGCUACCAGGUGAUAUUGUUUUGUCUGAUCGAGGCUUUGAUAUUAAAGACAACAAGGGCCUGUGGUGUGCCGAGGUCAAAAGCCAUUUGCCCUCAAAAAAACGUUGUCUACUCGAUCCCAAGAAUGUGGAAAACACACCAGCAAUGGCAAAGCUGAAGAAUCUUGUGAAAGGAGUGAUUGAUGGUGUGCGCAAUAAGUCUGCAAUGCUACAUAACAGAAUACCGGCUAAUUUGUUUCUGCAAUGUACGGGCGAAGAGGUCACCUUUCUUUACAAGAUUGUGAGCAUUUGUUGUACUGUGUCCAACAUGUGUCCAAGUGUUAAUGUCACACUCGAUGGGUCCAAAAAAUGUGCACAUUGAAUAUGACAAUUAGUGUAUUGAUUUGACUUCUUUCUGCAAACAUUGCUGCUCAAUAAAAUGUUUUGAGUCUGACGCUGUUGUUUUCGAGCAAUAUUUGGCCACAAGCUCCAAAUGGAUGCAUUACGUCAUAGUGCCUUACUUAAUUUUGCUCAUGUGACUAAAUGUAGCUUGAUUUGCCCGACUUGCCAAAAGUGUCACAUACUGAUUACUUUCUUAUUGUAGCAUCACAGUGCAUUAGUCACAAUUGCUCAACUCUUUCGAGAUUUGCAGUUCUAUUAACUUUAUUUUUGUGUAAAUGUCACAAAAUAAAUUUAACGCUAAGAUAUAAGCAUACUUAUCCAACGAAACUAGUAAUUAUUACUGAUCUCAAUUUGGAUAUGCAAUGAAGUUUAAAUGCACUGUAAAGUAAUAUUCUUUACAUUUUGAGAAGCCAUUAAUUGGAAGUCAAAGACUGAUAAAAUUGAGAUUACAGCAACAAAUGAUACAAUUGGAUAUGAUUGAGAGUACAUAGUGUUGAUUUUAUGGAAAGUGUGUGAGAAGGUGUGUAUAUAUUAAGAGUACAGAUGUUGCUCGCCACAUCGUGGUUUGAAUUUUACGGAUCCACAAUCACUGUUUUUCAAAAAUAUAUGACUAAAUCAUGCUGUUUUGUGAAUACAGCCUAUUAAUAGUAAAAAAAAUGUGCAUGUUUAAGCAAAUGUUAUGUGUUUUUUGCCUAAAUUAAGCAUUUUCAAGCAUAAAAAUAGUGAAUGAGAAAUAGUAAAUGAACUAAAAUACAAAUAUAAGACAUUCAGCAGAUGCAGUCAAAAACCUGAUGCUAUGUAGUAUUCUACACUGGUCACUAGGUGUCAGUAAUAUUCCUUUGUUUGGUGAGGCACACAAGCGUCAGGCUUGAUCGCUGGAACAACACCUUUUUAUUGAAGGAUUGAAUUAUCUCAACAGACACAAUAAUAACACACAUUAUAUUCAUAACAACAAGGGCUAUUGUUGCUGCCAUAAUCCACUCCCAAGAUUAAACUCAGCUCUUAACCCUGACAUCACUUCCUGUCCUCCAGACGUCCGGAACACAUUAUUUUAAAUGUCUUGUUUUCUCUGAUUCUGUCUACUAUAUUGGGUAAUAUGAGUGUAAAGGUGACUAGAGGGGUGUUAUGCCAUGUCUACAGGGCUCUAAUGUUCAAAACUGUAUUUAGACGAUCGUAAACAGGGUUUCAAUGCUGUACAAAAAUAUUUGAUCUAUAAAUAUGGAAUCCUACUUGGUGGAAAUUCACUAAUCACAGUCGGGUCUGGGACCAAUUAACUGCGAUAAACGAGGGGUUACUGUGUGUGUAGGUUUUGUUAAAUGACGUGACCUGUGCACUGUGCUACACAGUCUAACAUUGAUAAAAACAUUAUCAAGCAAGAUUUACAUUUUGUAUUGUUUUUCAACUAUUGUAACUAUUGAUUUUGGACAGUUAAACACAAAGAACCUAUAGAGUAUGUGUGGGGGAAAUAAUUAUUUGAUCCCCUGCUGAUUUUGGAAGUUCACCCCAUGACAACAGUUUUGAUUUUACGGUAGGUUUAUAUUAGCAGAGACUGAAUAUGUAAAAUCGAAUACGUUUAUAAAAUUAUUUGUAUUUGAGUGAAAUGAGCUUUUGAAUGCUGCUUCUUGAGCCACUACUUUGUUGCUUUGGGUUUAUGUUUUGGGUCAUUGUCAUGCUGGAAGACCCAUCCACGACCCAUUUUCAUUGAGACCCUCAGGUUCUCAUCCAGGAUUCUCAGGUACAUGGCCCCGUUCAUCAAGUCUUGGACACCAUCCAUUGUUUGACAGUAGUUACUGUAUGGUGGUGUUGGGGUAAUAUUCAGCAUUUCUCUGCCUCCUAACAUCAAAAGUCGAGUUGACGCCAAAGAGCUCAAUUUUGGUGUUAUUUGAGGACAUCACAUUCUCUCAAUCCCUCUUAGGUGUUUUUUGACAAACAGAUGAACCUGUACAUGUGCCUUCUUCAGCAGAGGGGGCCUUGGGGGAACUGCAGAAUCUCAACCUAUCAAUUUUCUAUGCCGCUUGUCCUCACUAUGGCCGCGGGGUUAUGCUGGAGCCGAUCCCAGCUGACUUUGGGCGAGAGUCAGGGUACACCCUGGACUGGUCGCCAGCCUUUCGCAGGGCACAUAGAGACAACCAACCAUUCACACUCACAUUCAGAAAAGUGUGGCAGAAAAUAAUUGCUGCUGAAUUAACCUAACAUGUAUAUUUUUAGAAUGUGGGGGGGGGGGACUGGAAUACUCUUUGAGAAAACACACGCAUGGGGCGAGCAUGCAAACUCCACACAGAGAUGCCCAAACAGAGAUUCUGUCCCAGAUCUUCCAGAGCUCAUGACUGUGUGGCCAACAUGCUAAUCACUAAGCCAAAUCAGGGCUUACAAACAAGCUUAUAAUUCUUGGCUGAAACCUCACCUUGUAAGAAUCAUCCCAACCCCACAAAGUGAGAUCUUGCAUGGGGGUUAGAGUGAGGGGAAUUGCCCAUUAUCUUGUAUUUAUUCAUUUUUCAACUUAUAACGGCAACAGUCGUGUCUCUCUCACUAGAUGGGACAGGACUAAUUUGUAAAUCUGCUUCAUGAGCACAUAACCGGUCUGUGGGGUUCAGAAUUAUUGCUGUUUGAGAGGGGAUCAAAUAAUUAUUUCAUGCAAUGAAGUCCAAGUUAAUUUAUAGGGUGUUUUUUUUCCAUUUUGUCUUUGUGUCCAAAUAAACCUGUCAUACAAAGCACACACUGUUCAUGUCUUUGUAAAGGAGUGAACGUACAAAAUCAGCAGGGGAUCAAAUAAUUAUUUGACCCCACUGUAUGCACUACAGCGAUGACCUUCUCAUGUCUCUUGCAGAAAGACGAGUGUGCUCUUGUGUGUG